AUGAUUAAAGCGAUACUUGUAUUCAAUAAUCAUGGAAAACCUCGUUUGCUCAAGUUCUAUCAUCACUAUCCAGAAAGUGAACAGCAGCACAUAGUCCGAGAAACAUUUCAGUUGGUGUCGAAACGAGAUGACAAUGUUUGCAAUUUCUUGGAAGGCGGUUCUUUAAUUGGUGGUUCUGAUUAUAAGCUUAUUUAUCGCCACUAUGCUACCCUCUACUUCGUCUUUUGCGUUGAUUCUUCUGAAAGUGAAUUGGGGAUUUUAGAUUUAAUUCAAGUGUUUGUUGAAACCCUGGAUCGCUGUUUUGAGAAUGUUUGUGAAUUAGACCUUAUAUUUCACGUUGAUAAGGUUCACCAUAUCCUUAAUGAAUUGGUAAUGGGUGGUAUGGUUUUGGAAACGAACAUGAGUGAGGUGUUGACGCGGGUGCAAGAACAAUCAAAGCUUGAGAAACAAGAGGCUGGACUUGCGGCUGCUCCAGCGCGGGCUGUAAAUGCUGUAAAAAAUAUCAAUAUUCCGCAACAUAUCAAGGAAUUUAAACUUGGUGAUAUUAACAUACCUAAUUUUAAAAAUCCUUUCUGA